UCGGCACUCUCUUAUUUCGGAGUCCUCGUCUCUGUCCAUUUCUGUGGUGAUUUGUGUCUCUUUCUCUCCCUUGGAGGCUGCACAGGACAGAGCAUCCACUUACAUGCACAAAACAUGCAUCCGAGAACCGAUGUCUAUUGAAAGUGUGACAUCUACGGGGGUCGGUAAUUUCACAGGAAAUGGAGGAGAAUCCACAGUUACAUUUGAAAAUGUAAAAGUCUAGAAAGAAAGUGACCGUCUCAGGAUGCAGCCCCAGAUGGAGGAUAUGGAUCUCCAGAGGGCCAUAGCAAACGCUCAGCCACAGCUGGUGGAGUCCCUGAGUCAUGCCCCUGAGUGGCUGCUUAUGAAAGCCAAAUGUUUCCUCCCUCACAUGGACCUGAGUCACGUGGCUGGGGUCACUGACCGCAAAGAAAAGGUCUUGUUGCUCCUUGACACGCUUGAGAAUGCAGGACCGAUCAUUUGGAAGCGGUUUAUCCAGUGCGUCUGCAUGGAAUGCAACCUCCCCAUGGACCUGGAGAUACUGCUCAUGAGUGCCUCAGGAGAAGGUAAUUUAAACCAGAAACAAGAAGCCUUUGCAGAAGCAAGUACUCAGUCUCCUUCUCAACCUACAGGACUUGAAAGGCGUCGUCAUGGAAGCAGUUCUCAUCCCAAUGGUAAAGGGUCUAAACAGCAACGAUUAGAUUCAGCUGAAAGGUACCGGCAUCUCAUCAUUGCUUCAAUGUGCCAAAGGUAUGAAAAUAAACAAGCAGCAGGAGUAGCUGUCCUGGGACAAGCACAGCCACUAGCUUUCAGCCAAGCCUUCGUCAACCUGGUCAUCCGGCGGAGUAAAGCUUCCAGACUAAAGGAGAGAGCAGAUAAACCCAGGGAGGACUCGGCAGGCAUGCAGGAAGCUGAGGAAUGUGUGGACACGGCUGUGAAAGUCUCAGACCUGUUUGAAAGUGUCGUUAGCUCGGGUACCACCCGGGUUAUCCUUUUGUUUGGCAAACCGGGGAUGGGAAAGACCAUGCUGAUGCAUCGGCUUUGCCAGAAGUGGGCAGAAGGAGCUUUGCAGCAAUUUCUGUUUACUUUUCUCUUUGAGUUUAGGCAGCUGAAUCUGAUCAGCAGAAAGCUGACAUUAAAGGAGCUUUUGUUUGAUUUGGUCCUUCAGCCAGAAGAUAGGCCUGAUGCAGUAUUUCAGCACCUCCUGGAGAACGCCCAGCGCAUGUUGUUCAUCUUUGAUGGGCUGGAUGAAUUUGUGGGGAACAUAGGCCAGCCAUCCUCGCCGUGUUUAAGCCCUGCCCUCCACAGGCCUAUGUCCAUAUCUGAGCUGUUUGCCAAUUUCUGCUUUGGAAAACUUCUCCCUGGGUGCACGGUGCUGGUCACCAGUCGGCCUAAGAAAUUACCCGACUUUCUGUUAAACAGAGCAGAUCUGCUGGCAGAAAUUUGGGGAUUUGACCAUGAGAAGGUUGAAGAGUAUGCCAGCCACUAUUUCCACCAACAUUCCUUCAAAGAGCAGGCCAUCGCUCACCUGAAAAACAACAGCAAGCUUCUGAGUAUGUGCUUGAUCCCUGCCUUGUGCUGCAUCGUCUGCGUCUGUUUGGAAUAUUUGCUGAGGAAGCGUUUGUCGAAGGUGGAGCUUCCUCAGACCAUGACCCAAUUUUAUAUCAAAAUGCUCCUCAUCUUUAUAAGUAAACAGCAGACAGAGGGCACUGUGAGUGAAGACACGCAGCUGAAUCACCACAGGACGGCCAUUUUGGGCCUGUGUGACCUUGCACUGAAAGGCCUGGAAGAGAAGAAGAUAGUGUUUUACGUUGAUGAUAUCCCAGAGCAUGUGAAAGAGUUCGCUUCCCUACAUGGGUUGCUGACUGUCUUUGAGGUGAAGAGGAGUGACAGCCUCCCAGAGGCCGGCCAUGCCUUUGUGCACUUAAGUCUUCAGGAGUUCUUUGCUGCGCUGAACCUGAUGAUAAAAAACACAAUCGACGGAAGCUACCUGAAGAAAAAGUUCUCUCUGAAGUCAAAGUGGACUUUAAAAAAUGAAGCCAGGACUGAGUUCAUGGAGAAUUUUCACAUCUUUCUCUCAGGCCUCUCGUCGAAAGAGUGUCGGACGUUCCUCACCCAGUUAGCUGAACAAAAUCAGGCGUGGGUGCGGGACAAGCAAGCCGCCAUCUUGCAGUCGUUGAAGAAGCUGGCAGCUACUAAUCUAACGGGGCCCAAGAUAAUUGAACUGUGCCAUUGCACUUACGAAACACAAGACCUUGAAUUAGCCCAGCAUGUCGGGAGCCAGUUAAAUUUAAAGUAUGAAUUUAGAAACUUUAGAUUGACCCCUCUAGAUGUUUCAGCUUUGGUUUUCAUCAUUAACUGUGGCCGGGAUUUGACUCACUUGGAUUUUGCGGGCUGCCCCAUGGAAUUAGAUUGUUUGGAGGUUCUCGCCAGCUGUAAAAGUAUAGAGCAUCUGAGCUUUAGGAGCAGGAAAUAUGGUGACGAAUUUGCAGCUGCUCUUUCCAAAAGCUUACCGAAGAUCAAGAGUCUGAAGAAACUAGAGUUAACUGGUGGUGGUAUCACUGCCCUGGGGCUAACUGGCCUGGCAGAAGUCUUUCCAAACUGCUUUCAACUUGAAGAAAUAAACUUGCAGGACAAUCGACUGAGGGACCAAGACAUGGGGAAGGUGAUUGAAAUGCUUUCCAGAGUGGAAAAGUUAAAGAUGAUUGAUUUAAGCCAUAAUGAUAUUUCGGUGAAGUCUGUUCUUACUUUGGCGAAGGGAGCCACCACUUGUCCAAAUGUUACUGAACUACAUAUAAGGAAGGACACCGUCAUGAUAUAUUUUUCUGGCCAGUCCAGAAAAGUCCUAAGAUCAAAUUUGAGGAGAAGGGAAGAUAAAAAGGAAAAUGCUGCUCAAAUAAGAAAUGUGAAGUUACGGUUACAGGAUUGCAGCCUCAAUUCACAACAUGCAGGGGAGAUCGCUGCUCUUCUCAGGGGCUGCGCCCACUUCUCGGAAGUGGAUUUAUCAGGUAACCAACUUGGUGAUGAAGGCUGCAGACAGCUGGCAGAGAGUCUCCCUGAAGUACAUAUUUCCAAGCAGUUGGAUGUCAGUAACAACCAGAUAUCUGUGGACGGUGUUUGCUGUCUGUUGAAUGCCGUGAACACCUGCUUGAAUGUGGUGGAGUUUGAAGCCAGCCUUCAUCAUCAGACUGCAAUCCUGAAGUUUAUAGGUGAUAAAGAAUUUGCCUCUACCCAUUCCAGGGAUACCUCUCGUAGUGGGGACCAGUCAGGUGGAGGUGAGAGCCAGAAGUCUGUGGUCUCAAGGAAAAUAAGGCUGACAGACAGUGGUUUUCCCACCAGAGAUCUGGACAAGUUGUGCACUGUAUUGAAGGAAUGUAGCAGCAUAUCAGACCUCGAUUUGUCAAAUAAUUCUCUGGGUGACCAGGGAGUCGGGAAGUUGGUUGGACUCCUUCCGGAGCUGAAGGCAGUGAGUUCCCUAAAGCUGAGUGGCAAUCAGAUCUCCUUGAGUGCUGUGUUUGGCUUAGCUCAGUGCUUAUCGGCCUUGGAACACAUUAAAUCAAUAGACAUCAGCCUGGGAAACGCUCAGUCGGUCCAUUUAACCUUCUGGGAAAGUGUCAGGACCAUCAGGACCAGAUCUGCAGGAAAGUUCCCGGCUCAUCCGCAACAUUUAGAGAACGACCAUUGCUUUCGUCUUAGGGAAUGCGCCGUGAGUCCCGAGGACAUGGACACGCUCUGCCAGAUCCUUGGAAAAUGCCCUGGACUGACACAACUUGAAUUAUCUAGAAAUGCGCUGAGUGAUCAAAGCAUUGAAAGGCUGCUAAUGUCCCUACCACGUUUGCACAGUCUGAAGCUACUGAGUAUUAGGAAUAACAAGUUUUCCCCAAAUUGCACUCUCUUACUGGCCAGCUCUCUCAACCUGUGUGAGCGAAUCAGAGAAGUAGAAGUCAGGUCAAGUGAAAAUGCUUUUUUGCAUUUAGCGGGGAGGAUAGAAAGCCAAGAAACAUCCUGCAGGCUAACUGACUGCAGCAUCGGUCAGAACGAGGUUGAGGAACUCUGCCGAAUCCUUGAACAAUGUGGUCGUCUUGCGGAACUGGAUCUCUCUGGGAAUCACCUCGGCAACGAGGGGCUGAGACGCCUCUUGGAUCGCUUGCUCCAAAUGCACGUUUCCCGCUUGCUGAACCUCAGCCAUAACAAAAUAUCUCAGGAUGGAGUGCUGCAUCUAAUUAACACCCUCUCCACAUGCAGAAACGUAACCGAAGUUCAAGUCAGUUUGUGCUCCAAGGCAACAUCACUCAUCAAGUUCACAAGAGAAGAUGAACCAAGGAAGAUUUUGAGACUAACGGAGUGCAACUUUCAACCAGAACACCUGCCAAAGCUGUUCUCGCUACUGCAAAAGUGCACCAACCUGACGGAGUACAUAUCAACAAACAACAACAUGACAACCAGGGCGGUGGAAGAUCUAUUGCAGGCACUGAGGAAAAGUCUGGGAACGCUGAGAAUAAGCAUUGAAGAGCAAUGGGUGCGGAAUGAAAGUAUCACUAGCCUUCUGCAGAUGGCUGUCCAACCCUACGGGAAUGUUACAGAGAUCACGAUAUCAAAAGACAAAGGUCUCCUUCGAGUGGGCGUGGGGUUCCCCUGUCGAACAGAGAAGAUGGAGUCUGUGGUUAGCAGGUUGAAUCAGUGCGGGCUGGAAGCGAAGCACAUUCACUUUCUCCAGAGGGUUACUGAGAAAUGCACGCAGCUUCAGGAACUGAGCUGGUCUCAUAUUGAUCUCAACAAAGCUGAAGAGGCGAUGCUAGCCAACAUGCUUCUGACUCUUCCAACGCUGAGGAAGUUUGAGCUGACGUCCAGCAGUGUUACGCCAAGUGGAAUGGGACACCUGGUUGCAGGGUUGCAGCAAUGCCAUGCUAUUGAAGAACUUAACCUCGGCUCCCUGGGACUCGAUGACACGGCCAUUCUCAUGCUGGUGCCAGGACUUCACAAAAUGCCUUUACUGAAAAGACUCCUUUUGAACAAUAACAAUGUCGGUAGUGAAGGCUGCUCCCACCUGGCCGAAGCUCUGACGAAUGCUCCUCAUAUGGAAGAAAUCAAUUUAAGCCAUAACAAGAUUGAACAUGCUGGUCUGGAAAAAAUAGCCAUGCUCCUGCCGGAAUUGCAAAAUCUAAAGAGAGUCGACCUGUCGUCGAACAGCAUUGGCCCAGCUGGAGGGGAGUUGCUGGUGGAGGCUCUGGCUCGCUGCAGGCAUGUCGAGGAGUUACUAUUAGCCAGGAACCAUGUCGGAGACAAGACGGCAGCGAGACUCUCCCUCUCUCUGCCUAGCAUGUGCCACUUGAAGAUCCUUCAUCUGCAGUCCAAUAACAUUGGUUCACUUGGAGGAACACCGCUGGCCAAAGGCCUGGUUGAAUGCCAGCAGCUAGAAGAGAUAAGUUUGUCAGAGAACAGCUUUGGGGAAGGCGCCAUCCGCACCCUGUCAGAGGGGCUUCCACGAUUCACCCGGCUCAGGAAGAUUGAACUGAAACUCUGUGGAAUCAGCGAUGGCGUUUCCAAACAUCUUGCCCUCGGCUUCAGUCGUUGUCCCGUCAUUGAAGAGAUCAUAUUGUCGUGGAACAGUCUUGGUGAUGAAGGUGCCCUGGAGCUGGCCACGGUUCUCCCGCGAAUGGCAAGGCUGAGGAUGCUAGAUCUGGACAAUAACCGCAUUGCAGCCCGGGGUGCCACAAAGCUAGCGGAGGAGCUCGCCAAGUGUUGUGGAAUUCAAGUCAUACGGCUCUGGAACAAUCCAGUACCCAAGAACAUUGAAGAAAGUCUUACGAAGCAAGAUGCAAGAUUGCAUUUCUCAUUCUUUUAAUAAAGGAAGAACAUUAAAUGACUAAGAGCUGAUUUGGUAGAGUAGGUAAGCCAGGUACCACUACUGCUAUCCUGGUGAAUUGCACUGAAAAGGAGCCUAGAGAAACAGAGAAAGCAGAAUUCUAAAAAUAAAUAUUGUAAGCAUGUGGCAUUCUAGCCCUGCUCUUAGAACACAGAGGUAACUCUGACUAUUAUAUAAACCUCAAACUAAGCUUCCUCCUGAGUUUGGUUAUUCUGAUGUUACUCCCUGCAAGACCUCUCUGUUCCUGGCCUUAGUUCCCAUCUACCUCAAAGAGAGAUUUAAUCUUUUAUACUCCUGGUUUGAAGCCAGUAAGAUCCACUGGAUCUGGCAGUCCGGGUGAGUCAGAAGACUAGCUCUGUAUCUUUAUACAGGACCAUAACACCUGAUACCAGGAUGAGUCAGAAGAACUCUGCAUCUCAGUGUGAGGAGCUAGAACCUAACACCCUAUUGCAAAUACUCUCCAAUGUGUUGUUUGAAUAUGGUGUAUGUUUCCCUCAGACCAGUAUCAUUUCUAAGGCUGGGCAAAAUAUUCACAACAAACCGGUGACUGCUUGGCAUUUUGUUUUGAUUCUGCACACUACUGUGUGAACAUCAGCCUAUUGUCAAGCAAUCAAAGAUCAAUCUUCACAUUUUGAUCGCGUAAAGAUCAAGUUUCAAUGAGAAAAUAACUGUUUCAUAAUGAGCAAAGUCUGGAGGCUGCAAAAUGGCAUAGAACAAAAUUGUAAAUACAGUGUGAGAGGUAUUUCAGGGUGGGGGCAGGAGAAAGCUAUUCCAGGAGAAAGAUAUUUUCAUACUGCUUUAACUGUUUCACUGGGCUUGGAAUGUUAAAUGGGGCCCUCUAUUUGAAAUUGCACUAACCUGUUUGAGGUGAAGGGGGAGUUGCGUGGUCUUGGAUGAAAUGCUGCAAUCGCUACAUGGGCCCAAUCCUGCGAUCUGAUCUGUGUGAGCAUGUAGUCAAAGGCUCUGUCCAUGCAUAUCCAGUGGCAGGAUGGGAGCCAUGCGGAGCACCUUAUUUAUACCCAUUCAUUGCAAUGUGGCUGACUUGUACGUUUGGUACUGUAAAUAUUUAAUCUCUGAAAUGAAAUGGGUUUAUUUAUCGACUUGUUUACAGCCGUGGUUUGGAUUGGCUGCUGCAUUCUGUUGUAUUAAAAGAAGCAUUUUUUAGCAAUGACGAGUGCUGAUAAGUGAAGAGCACAUGUCCUGCUGGUUCCCACUAUUCAAUGAAGUAUGGGGAGUGAUUGUUUUUAUUGAAAGAUCAGUGUUAAGUUUCCCAAGGUGCAUAUUUGGUUUUGAUUUUUAUGACUCAUUUGGUUGCAGCGUGGUUAUACUCUGAAAAGGGAUGGGGCAGGGGAGCCCAAAGUCACCAGUGAGCUUCCAUAUUUAGGUCCAAAUUCAGUAAGGCACUUGAGCAUGUGUGACUUGAGCAUGCGCUCAAAGUUAAGCACGUGCUUUGGUGGAUCUGGGUUGUAUCUCCUUUCCGUGUUUCCAGAUGGAAUUUACUUCGUUUACAAGUGAAAAUAGGAUUUUUCUAACUGCCAGCCUAGCAAACUGCAGCUGAGUGACUCCGGGUGACCUGCUGUGGCUACUGAACCCAAGAAGCGUUUGUGUGAGUUUGAGUUCUGCCCUUAGCAGGUUUCUGAGAACAUGUGUGGGACACAUUAAUUAUUCUCUGCCUACAUGGUCUCCUCCCAGAAGUUUAGGUGGUCAGAUUAGCUGAUUCUAAUGGUCCCUUCUGGCCUGAAAACCGAUGACACUCAGGCUGGGAACCUAAAAGUCAAGUUGGUUUCUUCCAGCGUUGGCAGCGUUGUGCACUGAAUUGUGAUCACAGUUUUGUCACCUUCAAAAACAGCUAUUGCAGAAGUUCUGUGCUUUUAGCACCCACUCAGUAAAACAAAAAUUCUAAAAACAAAUUAUAGCACUUGUAAAAACAGAUUUCUUUGCCUGUUUUAUCAUUGUAUUGAUAACACUGUAACUUCUACAUUUGGACAUGCUGAGAUUCUACUCCAGUUUAUUUUCCUCUUUCAUUGGUUGGAAACAUUCACUGUUGUACAUAUUUUUAUGCAUUUUAAUGAGAGCAUAUGUGUGAUUAUUGAAUAAAUAAGAGCG